GUAUUCAAUGUUAUGGUUUUGCUACUAGUCCAAGUUGAAAUAUAGAUAUCUACCUUAAUCUAUUUAAAUUCUGUUUAGUAUUUUAUUAUAUUUUGUUAAUCCAUUUGUCCCGAUUCAUAUACUCAUCUCUCUUUCUGUGAACAUUCAGGUUAGCUUUUUCUUCCUAAUUUUGCAUUCUGAUUCGCACUUAUUCCCUGAAUUAUAAAUAACUAUUCCAUGAUGAUUCUGGUAAGUAUUCAAUUUCAUCACACCAUCAUUGACUUCAUACUAACAAGCAGUUGACUUCACAUGGCGAGCUACUUUAAGUUGUCUUAGGCAUCAGCUCUCUACAAUUCUCACAUUGACAAUAUCCAUAUUUUGUUAGCGCAAACCUUGCUGGACACGUUAAAUAUUUAGAAAUAUAAAUUUAACCUAUUUCUUGAGGUACAUCUUGAGAAGUUUGUGAGCUGAAAAAGACGUGGAGGAACCACUUAAUGCCAUAGCACAUUGUUUUAAAUUAUUUGGAAUCAGUUAAUUCCUUCCCAACUUUUUGCCAUGCCUGACACUAAAGAGGAGCCUACAAAUUUACAGGUAGUAGAAGGAAAUCUACUCUUCUCUGCUCCCCUCUGCUAGAGGACAUGUGAACCCUCAGUUGUUUUCUGCUGAGCAAAAGCAAAGUCCAUCUUGGACUUAGACAGCUUGCCAAAUUAUUUGCCGGAAGGGGACCUGACUUGUGACCACUCCCAGUGUGUGCCAGGAAGAGACUUCUACUGGUGCCAGACUCAUUUACCGGCAAUGCCCUGUCUAGGCCCCGAAACUCACUCCUUGCCCCCACCCCUUUUGCUUGAAUGAUGUGGUUCUUAUCUUUCAGAUCCUAAUAUAAAGCGCCUACAGCUGCUUGGCCUGAGAAGCCACCUCAGAUUCAGCCAACAGGUAAGUGGCUGUGUUCUCCUAUAGAGAUUGUUGAUUUGCCUCUUAAGCAAGAGAUUCAUUGAAGCUCAGCAUGGCUCAGACCAGUUCAUACUUCAUGCUGAUCUCCUGCCUGAUGUUCCUGUCUCUGAGCCAAGGCCAAGAGACCCACACAGGGUUGCCCCAGGCCCGGAUCAGCUGCCCAGAAGGCACCAAUGCCUAUCGCUCCUACUGCUACUACUUUAAUGAAGACCGUGAGACCUGGACUGAUGCAGAUCUCUACUGUCAGAACAUGAAUUCAGGCAACCUAGUGUCUGUGCUCACCCAGUCUGAGGGCACCUUUGUGGCCUCACUGAUUAAGGAGAGUGGCACUGAUGACUUCAAUGUCUGGAUUGGCCUCCAUGACCCCAAAAAGAACCGCCGCUGGCACUGGAGCAGUGGGUCCCUGGUCUCCUACAAAUCCUGGGACAUUGGAGCCCCAAGCAGCACUAAUCCUGGCUACUGUGUAAGCCUGUCCUCAAGCUCAGGAUUCAAGAGAUGGAAGGAUGUGCCUUGUGAAGAAAAGUUCUCCUUUGUCUGCAAGUUCAAAAACUAGAGGCAGCUGGAAAAUGUCUAGAACUGAUCCAGCAAUUACUACAGAGUCAAAAAUUAAAGCAGACCAUCUCUCCAACUCAACACGGACACACUUUUCUCUGUUGAAUUUGCUUUGUUAAUGUUAGUAUUUUACUCACCCCAGUCUUUGGAACCCUAGAUAAUGAAAAUAAACACAUUUUCACCAU